UGAGCAUGUUUCUUACAUCUUUCAACGGACCCUCCAAAGUAUGUACCAUUUGAUCGAAGCAUAGAUCACUCUCAAUUUUCGCUCCUCAGCCAUUCUAAAACCUUGUUUAGGUUACAAAUUUCCCUAAUUUUCUUUCUUCAAUCUUCGCAUUUGCGUCAAUCAGUUUGUCUUUAUCAGUUCUGCAAAGGGACGGCGAUAUCUGUUUGAAGUUUUGAGGGGAAAUACUAGUUUUUUUUGGUGCAAUGUCGGCUCCUGUACAGCCAGGGGCAUCUAGACCCAACACCCAACGACCGGUUGGACCACCGGCUGGUUAUAUUCCUAAUUUUCCUAGAGGUCCAGAUGCUUCAUUGUCACAAAACUUCCAGAAUUUGCAGCUUAAUCGACCACAAAAUGCUCCAGUGCCACCUUUUGGUGGGCCUAGUAGGCCGCCCCCUUUUGGCCAAAACCCAUCACCUUUUUCAGGACUUUCGCCUGUAUCUAGGCCGGGACCCCCGCCACCUGGUGUUGUUCCUAGGGGCGUGGUAACCCCUGGUGGACCUCCACAAAGUACGAUGCCAUCCAUUAUGGGACCCGGUAGACCUUCAGGUCCUAUGCCUGGUCAGCCUCCUUUCGCCUCUAGAGGUCCUCCUCCUGGGUCUCAUCCUCCAGGUGUAUCUCCCCCUCCCUUUCAAGGUUCACAACCUAUACCCCAGCAUUUAAGUGCUCGCCCUUCUGGCUUUGGAUCUUCACCAGCAACGACAGGUCCACUUCCUUCCUCCUCCACUCAACCACGGCCCAUCAGCAAUGGGCCUCCAUUCUCAUCUGGAGCUUUUCCUGGCAGGCCUCCUGUUGAAGGAGCGCAGCAAUCUUUCGUAGGAGGGCCCCCACCUUCUGGAAUGCAGCCUCCCAUGAUGCAUCCUUAUCAAGGAAGUCAGCGUGCUAGUGGUCCACCUGCUCCUCCAAUGGAUUCUCUGUCAGGACCAUCACAACCAGCAUCUCCUUUUUCCGUUGUACCACAACGUGGUCAACCACCAUCCGGCUCUACUUUCGGGCAACAACCAUGGCAGACACAACCGCGUCAGUUGGCUCCUUCCUCAUUGUCCAGUUCUGUGCAACCACCAAUGAUGUAUGGAAUGCCACCACCAUUAGCUAGCCAAAGCAUGGCUACAAUGCCACCUGCUAUCAGUCAUAUUGGAGGUCCGACAGCAUCAAAGGUUGAUCCCAACCAAAUUCCUCGCCCCAUUCCAAGCUCAACAGUUAUCUUGUAUGAGACUCGUCAGAGCAAUCAGGCCAAUCCUCCUCCGCCUGCUACAAGCGAGUAUAUUGUUACAGACACAGGAAAUUGUAGCCCUCGCUACAUGAGGUGUACUUCAAGUCAGAUCCCAUGCACUAGCGAGGUUUUGGCAACAUCUGGGAUGCAGUUGGCUUUGCUUGUUCAACCCUUUGCUCUUCCUCAUCCAUCUGAGGAGCCCAUCCAGGUUGUUGACUUUGGGGAAAGAGGUCCUUUGCGAUGCUCUCGCUGCAAAGGCUACAUAAACCCUUUCAUGAAGUUUAUCAAUCAGGGACGUCAAUUCAUCUGCAACUUGUGUGGAUUUACUGAUGAAACUCCACGUGACUACCAAUGCAAUCUUGGGCCUGAUGGUCGGCGUCGAGAUGCUGAUGAAAGGGCUGAAUUAUGCAGAGGAACAGUCGAAUUUGUUGCAACAAAAGAAUACAUGGUGCGUGAUCCAAUGCCUGCAGUGUUCUUCUUCCUUGUUGAUGUUUCCAUGAAUGCCAUACAAACUGGUGCGACUGCAGCUGCUUGUAGUGCUAUCAGUCAAGUUAUUGCUGAUCUCCCAGAAGGUCCUAGAACUAUGGUGGGAAUCGCAACAUUUGACUCAACGAUACAUUUUUACAAUCUAAAACGUGCACUGCAGCAGCCACUGAUGCUCAUAGUUCCUGAUGUACAAGAUGUCUAUACUCCUCUAGAGACUGAUAUCAUAGUUCAACUUUCCGAGUGCCGUCAACAUUUAGAGCUAUUGCUGGAAAGCAUUCCAACCAUGUUUCAGAGUAAUAUGACUGCUGAUUCGGCCUUUGGUGCUGCAGUCAAGGGGGCAUACUUGGCAAUGAAGAGCACUGGAGGAAAGCUUUUAGUCUUUCAAUCAGUCUUACCAUCAAUUGGCAUUAGCAACCUUUCUGCUAGAGAAGCUGAAGGUAGAGCAAACAUAUCUGCUGGAGAUAAGGAGGCUCAUAAGUUGCUUCAGCCUGUGGACAAGACUUUGAGAGAAAUGGCUUUAGAGUUGGCUGAAUAUCAGGUCUGCGUUGAUGUGUUUCUUACUACCCAAUCGUAUGUGGAUAUUGCUUCUAUCUCUCUCUUGCCAAGGACUACUGGGGGACAGGUUUAUUAUUAUUAUCCUUUCUCGGCACUCUCUGAUAAUGCCAAGCUAUGUAACGAUCUUAGAUGGAAUGUAUCAAGGCCACAGGGUUUUGAAGCUGUGAUGCGUGUGCGCUGUAGCCAGGGCCUGCAAGUCCAAGAAUACACUGGAAACUUCUGCAAGCGUAUUCCAACAGAUGUUGAUCUUCCUGCAAUUGACUGUGAUAAGACUAUAAUGGUAACCUUAAAACAUGAUGAGAAACUACAAGAUGGUGCAGAAUGUGCUUUUCAGUGUGCCAUUCUUUACACCACUGUGUAUGGUCAAAGAAGAAUCAGAGUUAUGAAUCUCUCUCUCUCAUGUACAAGUACGCUACCUAAUCUAUUCCGCUCAGCUGACUUGGAUGCUCAAUUCACAUGUUUCUUGAAGGAAGCUGCAAGUGAAAUUCCCACUCUUCCACUCUCACAAGUCAGGGAGCAUGCAACAAAUCAUUGUGUCAACAUUCUGCAUGCAUAUCGAAAAUUUUGCUCAACAGUCCAAUCUUCUGGCCAACUCAUUCUGCCGGAGGCACUCAAACUGCUGCCGUUAUACACCCUUGCACUAACUAAAAGUACCGGAUUGAGAACUGAUGGAAGAAUAGAUGAUCGGUCGUCUUGGAUGACUUAUGUUUCUUCAUUAUCUGCGCCUCUGGCAGUUCCAUUGGUGUAUCCUAGGCUGAUCUCUGUCCAUGAUCUUUUUUCUAAGGAAACGGAUGGCUCCCUUAUUCCAUCUCCGCUACCGCUUUCUAGUGAAAACAUCAGUGAUGAUGGAAUUUACCUUCUUGAGAAUGGGCAAGAUGCUUUAAUUUAUAUCGGGAAUUCUGUGAACUCUAAUCUUCUGCAGCAAUUGUUUGGCUUUUCAUCAGUAGCGGAAAUCCCUACUCAGUUUGUGCUGCAACAACAUGAUAAUGCACAAUCAAAGAAGCUAAAUGAAGUCAUUAAUGAGAUACGACGUCAGAGAUAUUCCUAUCUACGCUUAAAAUUGUGCAAGCAAGGAGACCCUUCAGGAAUGUUGUUUUCAUCAUAUAUGGUAGAAGACAAGACUCCAAUGGGUUUAUCCUAUGUUGAGUUUCUCGUACAUAUACAUCGGCAGAUACAGAAUAAAAUGGAUUAACCAAUGUAGAUACCUGAUUUACGUGUACGAAUAGAGACAGUCAUCAGGCAUGUGAAGUAAAGGAAAGGAGGACAAAUGAAUGCCUCAGGCGGGAACUAGUUAGAGUGAGGAUAUUGUGGUGGUUUUUAAAAAUUAAGCAUUUGGUAAUAUUGUUUUUCCAAUUUGUGCUUGUAAUAUCUCGCAUGCCAUGAAUUAAUAGUGGUAGAAUCAGAUGAUCUUUCCUUUAAUUCGAUUGAGGAUCCAUCAUCCUUGUAAUUUUAACUACAGAAUUCGAGUUUUUGCACAGAACGGCGUUUAUAGGUGAAGCUUUUAUCAGUUUUUAGUGCAGCA